AUGACCACACACACUGACAGCGAAGCUCAGCAUGAGUUCUUGCAGCGGUGCAAAGAAGCGUAUCUUUUGGUGCAAGGGUUCUUGAACGAUACUCUAGAGCAUGGUCAUGUUCCAGCAAGAAGACCCGGAUAUACCUUUAACAGCAAGGUCCGCCAGAAGGUCAAGGAAAAGGUUCUUCUUAGCAUGGAGAAGUUGAACUGUGCCAUAGAAAACCAUGGAAUCGAAGAAAUAGCACUAUCUUACAACGGAGGAAAGGACUGCUUGGUGGUGUUGAUAAUACUACUCGCUACCAUUCACCAGAAGUUCUGUCUACAUUCAGAUACCGUGGUUCGCAAGACACUUCCAGCAGAUUAUAAGCUCGACUCCAUAUAUAUAAACUCAGAAACACCCUUUCCGGAGCUUACCACCUUCAUUCAAUCGUCUACAUCGUAUUACCAUCUCAACCUCAUCAGCAUCAAGAGUUCAUUGAAGCUGGGGUUUGAAAAGUACCUCAACGAGAUUAACACUACGGUCAGAUCAAUAGUGGUGGGAAUACGCUUCAACGAUCCAUAUGGAAGCAAUUUAAAGUACGAGGACCCUACAGAUCAUGACUGGCCCAAGUUCUUGAGAAUACACCCUAUUCUUCAUUGGAACUACGUUGAUGUAUGGGAUUUCUUGAUUGGGUGUAAUCUAGACUACUGCGAGAUGUAUGACAAAGGUUAUACAAGUUUGGGAGGAAUCAACAAUACCAUACCCAAUCCGUACUUGGAACAAAAGGAUGGAACUUACUUGCCAGCAUAUACGUUGACGGAAAAUGCUGACGAGAGAGAGAGACUCGGACGAAACGUUGUCAAAAGCAAUAAGCAAUAA